CAAUGUUUUGACUGCUGCAGUGGUGGAUGCUAUGUUUCGUUCCUCUGUUGUCACAUAGUAUUGCUUUCACUGUUACAGGAAUCUGUGUGUGAGGGUGAUGCAGAGGAGCUGUACUGCACUUCAUCAAUUCUACCACAUGGUGGCACCACCAAGCCUAUACUCACUUCAACAUACAACGAUUAACCUUCGUUUUGUUUGACUAUUCCACUCCGUUGCCAGGUUACAGGUGCCUCUGACAGUUUCCUGUCUAAGGCUCUGAGGCAGGCGUCUGACAUGCCCAAUUGUAAGACGGUUUGUUUGUCCCGUCAAUACACCUCAAAGAUCAUUGCAGACAUCUGUGUUUCAUUUUUCUGGGAUAGUCACCAUUUGAAGUGGCCUGGGGUGACGUAAGUAAACAAUAAUCUGGGCGCUGCUUCCAAUCUGCUUGGCGGUGUUUGGCACUGUGGGAAUAUGGGUGGUGUUAGGUAUCGCUGUAUCAAAUGAGACUGUUAAUAUCACAGCGAGAUUCCCCUACAUCAGGAAGGAGUGACGCUGGUCACUGUAAAGGGUUUACCCCGAAUUCCACUGUGUAUUUGGACUAUGUCAAUAGAGGCACUACCACAGUUAAACUGGUAUAAACACUAACAAAACAUGCUUGGAAAUGUUAAUGAGCCCACAAUACCAUAUACACACGGGUGGCUCAUUGUUUUAAAGUCAAUAUUUCAUUACCAAGUCGUUUCCAGAUUUGUAAAUAAUUCAAAUGUGAAUUUGUCUUCCAGUGAAUGUGACACCUAUGAUCCACAGAGCUGUAUCUUUUCCCUGGUCUGCAACAUCUGUUCUGUCUUGAAACGCAGAUCCUGAGCCAGCGGAGGAAAACACCUGGGACCUGAACGGAGGACAAACAAACACAGGAGAGGAAGCUGAAGGAGGAGAGGCGAGAGGAGAGGAAGAGGCGAGAGGAGAGCUGAUGUGAAAGCCAUAUGGAGCUGGGGAUCCUCUCCCUCCAGGUUUGGUGGAGCUGGUUAGGAGCAACCCUAUCUCUUCCAUAGAGGACCUGCAGCUGCUGCUGCUCAGUGACUCCGUAGAUGAGGAUAUUUCGGAACAUUUUUUGCCCAGUGGACAACACUCCAACAACACUAGCAACCGACUACCAAGGAGUCUGGACGCCCAGCCGGCUCAGCAGGCGCUAUGUAAGGUGAGGACAGAGGUGAUGGAGGUGACCCGUGCCAUGUUGGACCGCAGCAACGCCAACUUCAUGUUGUGGCCUCCCUGUGUAGAGGUACAGCGAUGCUCCGGCUGCUGCAACACCAAGAGCCUGCAGUGUGUCCCCGUGCUGACGCACACCAGGCACCUACAGGUGAUGAAGAUCCAGUACGUGGAGAAGCGGCCCAACUACUCCAAGGCCGUCGUCUCGGUCCACGACCAUGUGGAGUGUCGCUGCCAGCCCGCCCCUCGCCCCCCGGCCAUCCCCAAGAAGAAGUCCACGCCCCGCAGACAGCAGAAAGACAACAAAGGAGAGGGGCAUCCAGCCAAGGCCAGAUCCAAGGAGGAGCUGCACCGCAGAGAUGAGCUGAAGCACAACCAGAGGAUCCUGCUGGAAGACCUGCUGGACCAGCACUGGAACCCCAAGGACACCUCCUCAGACGCAGGGGCGGGGAAAGGGGGCAAUGGGCUAGACCAUGACAAGAUGGAUUCUCAGUGGGUACUUAAUGCCACCAGCCAGCUGGGAGCUAAGGAGUGGACCGAACGUCGACAUCACGAUGACAUGGAGGAGGGGAGAGACAGUAGUAGUGUCAAUGUCACUACAACCGCAAUGGACAUCGACAUGGCACAACUUGACCACGAGAAGAAAGACGGGGUCGAGACACGAGGGGACACACUAUUUAACAUCACUGAGGGUAAUGUCAGUAGGGGAGAUAGGCAGCAGGGAAGUCUGAGUCUCAGUGAGGUGGGAGACCAGGAGACACAUAGACAACCCACACAAACACAGAGUCCCUCACUACGCACCAACACAUCAAAGCAACAGCGACAUGGGACCAACUCCUCCUCAGAGGAAACCAAAAGCAGAGAGGGAGCCAAUCAAAGAAUGGAACAGCGAUUCUAUCCUACGGAGGAAACCAAUCAGAGGCCCGAGAGCAGAUUCCCUCCCCUUGAGGAAGCCGAUCAAAGACGUAAAGACAAUGAGACCCCCGAUUCAGAGAGGAGGCUCCAGCACGCUCUCCAACUGGAACAGGAGAAGCUGGAGGAGAGGAAGGAGCUGUUGUUACUCCACAGGAGACUGGACGAUGAGAAGGUGAGACUGCACCUGAGACGGGAGCAACAGAAACAACAGCAAGAAGAAGAGGAGCAGAAGUACCCUCGGCCUAAUCAUAAACAUCAUCAAACUCAAACCACCACACAAAGAACAGACACAGUGUCGCCCACUUCAACGCGAGCGCCCUCAGACCUGGCUGGUCCCCGGCCACCUGCUCGGCCCGGCCCACCUAGGAAGAGAAUGAGGAAGAACAACCGCAAGCGCAUCAGCAAGGCUGCAAUGAGAGCAAUGCUAAUGUAGAACCUACAAUCUCUCUGCAGGGAGUGAGGCGCUCGGUCUUUGUUCUGGACAAUCCAGUGGCGACGCCGAGCAGUUAAUUCCUUUCUUAUGAGUUAAUAUUCAUGUGUCAGUAACCUGCCCAUCCUGUGACCGUGAGGUAUUCCCUAAUAGUACUAAUGAUUGUCUGGUGAACGCAAAACAACCCUUGGACAGAAAGAAAUAUGGGACAAGAAGAAUGGGAUGUAAAUACAUACGAGGCUGAGGUGAUCCAUCAACAUUUGUCUGAUUUGUCUGAAAAGAUGAUCUCCUUUUAACAACAAGAUGUUCCCCUAGUCGGAUCAAGAACAGUGGAACGUUGGAACAGAACAUUCAAACAACAUUAGGACUUUGGGAGAUAUCAUUGGAACACUGGAAGAACGUUGGAACGUUCACAAGGAUGUCGGACUGUUGCUGGACAGCGCUAUUGGACCUCCCUCAUGACUUUUCAACAGCGUAGUAAAACCACUCCGGUCCGUAGAGAUCAAGUCGGUUAAAAACUCUUUGUAUGCUCUUCCGAGGCAUGGUUCAUUAUAACUCCCAAGAAGUGGACUGAUCACGCUUGUCAACGAGAGGAGAGAGAGCAUUUUUUUUAAUGUCCGUCCAAAUCUCCCAUUUUUCUAUGAGCAGGAGAUGCUGAAAAUACGUGUUUUUGGUUGAAAAUAUAUUUCAAAAGUACAUAUUUCAAAAAUGUUGCUCACUGGGUUCCGACAUGGAAGAAUACAUUUUCUUUUUCCGACUAGAAAGGAUACACUGGUAGAGGACCAGGAAAAUACCAUGGCGGGCAGAUAUUACAGGGACAAUGGGCAAGAAAUGAUGACAUUUAUAUGAGCUAAGACUGUUGGAAUGACUGGUAGUCUUGACUGAUGCGAGCAGUAUCGCUACAUUGUACUUAAGCUGCUCUAUAUGUUCCAACUACACAGCAAAGAUAUUACAUGUCUCAAUAGUUACACAAUGUCGAAUCUCAUUUUCUAUAAAGAUAUUUAAUUGUAUUUAAUUUGAUCUGAAACACUGGAACUCCAUCAACAAUUAAUGCACAGGUUUGCAUUCUCAUGUUCAGCUGAGGCUUCUGCACUUCUUUCGGAGAGUGUGGUUAAAGACGCAAGGUGCUAUACAGGGGUUGCGUUACACCUUUAUGUCCAUCUUUAACAUUAUUUAUUCCUUAUAUCACAUAGGUCUCCUGUGUUCAUUAUCAAUAGGAUCACUACAUAUGAAGCAUUUUGGGGGUUGAAAUAUCGACCGCUCUUCAGGUCUCAAUAUAAUUUGAGCUGUCAGCCUUUGUGCACACAGGCCAUAGUCUAGAUUCAAUCAGAUCAAGCAUUAUCUGACGAUAGCAGACAGCCGCAUAGCGGAUGUUUUGGCGGUUUUAGAGGAGGAUUGGCGCCAUCAAAUUGUCUCAAAGUCAGAAAAUAAAGUGUAGUCUAUAUAGAAAUAAUUACACUCAAAUUAAAAACAAACCAUUAGGAUUUCUAUCAUCCUAUUCAAAGUGUAGAUUAUAACUCAGUGUUCCAGGCUGCAAAGCAUUUCUGUUAAUGAGACUUUCGGUAUAAUGCCGGGAGCCACUUACGGAUUUGACAGCCCUAAAUUGAAUUGAGCCCAAUGUAACUACAAUGAAAAGCUUUGAAAAGGGAAAAGGUGUUGUCUGUUGCCUGCCAUUCACUGUCUGUAUGGUAAUGACUUUGUGUCGUUGUAUAACUUUGUGUGUCAAUGUGGGUGUGCAUGUCUGUGCUCAAGCGUGUGUAGAAUUUGAGUGUGUAUGCCCGUUUGAGUGUUAGAGUAAUUGUAAGUAUGUGAACAGAAUCAUAUUUAUGUGUUUGAUCACUAACACUCAUGAAUCCAUAAGUCAGGUAGUCCCUUAUUCACAAUGCUCAUUGCUAACCAGUCCUUGUCUGCAUAGGGAACAGUAGAGAAUCAGACCUUGUGUAUCCCUGAGUCUGUGUGUUACUUUAUUUAAUAAAGGCAGACAGACACAGCAAGGGUACUGGAAUAGGAGCCAUUGUCAUUUUUAACACAGAGAGUUAUGACCUAUGCACUCUCUCUGUCAGUUUGUGACAGCACACACAAACAUGCCCCAGACUGAGACCGCAGUAUCGUGACCCAGCUAAAGCAGGGAUUGUGGAGAAAUCAUACAGUGUGACAGUAAUCCUAGUUUUAACACCCCUUUGCUACAAAAUGUUGACAUUUAAUAUCGAUUAACAGUAAGUUGUCCUAAAAAAAAAGGUUUCGAGCUUUGUUUAUUAGUAUCCUAUGGAUUUUACAAGGAAGUUUAGUAAAACUAUUUGGUGAACAAUCUAACACUACAAUUUGUAGAGAAGAAGUUCCCUGAUAAAAGUUUCAGAUAAUAAAAUCAGCAUGGGUUAGAUGUGUCAAGCAAAGAAGCUCAGUGCUUGUAUGUGGGCAACUGCAGGUCACCUUGGUAUAGUUUGCUCACUUCAAAUAACCUAACUACCAGCCAAAUAUAGAAAAUGUGGCAUAUUCCAGAAUGCCUUCUUUCAACUGUAAUUAGUUAUUGUCUGUUUUGUUUUGAGUUAUCAAAAAAUGAAUGUUGUGAUAAUUGCCACUUAAUUCUAUUUUGAUAUGAUUAUAAAAAAAACAUAUGUGAGAAAGUGUA